UAUAGAAGGGAUUGAAAGAGGGUAAAACUAAACCUAACCUGCAACAUUUCAGGCUUCAGCGCCGCUCUUCCCUUCUUCCGACACCAUCAUCUCCGACCGGCAGAUAUUUUACCAUCGUCGUCAUUCGAGAUCAGUCAUCUACCGCCAUACAGGAAACAGGAAAAUUAAUCCCAUCUUUCUUGAUAAAUUUUGAUGCUAUAAUUUGUUGUUGAACCCAUUUAGCUCUCCUUUGACCAUGCCUGCCUGGACAUAGUUCCCCAUCUUUUAUUUGACUUUGCUGUGUAUGAACAUAUAUUAUUUUUUGAUAUCUCAAACCUUAUUGUCUGCUCUUCCACCUUUCUCAUUAUUGCUGCAUUGUUGAUGGUAGAAAGCUAGAUACAAAUUUCCACAUAUCAUUUUGAGAAUUCAGUCAUUCACAGUUGUCUGCCAUUUUUGAACUCUCCUUGAGCAAAACCAUAUCAUAUCAUAUCAUAUCUAAUGGCACAGAUUCUAUUUCUAUCACUGUUGUUCUCACUUUGCCACUCCUUUUCUCCUUUUGAAUCUUGUUCCCAUUGCUCUCUUCUUUCUUCUGUAAAUGCUUCUUCUGGCUUCUGUGUAUCUAUCCCAGUUGCUGUUCAAGCUUUUAUUCCUAGAUACAUAACCAUAAGAUGCCAAGGACCACCCGGGCAAGGGCAGGGGCAGGGGCAGGUGGGGCAGCUUCCAAGGCCGAGGAAUCUCCAAAGGUAGUGGAAAAAGCAGCAUCUGAAACAGAAGAGCAGGUGGACUUUGAAGAGGAGGCUGUUGAAGAGGAGGUUGAAUAUGAGGAAGUAGAGGAAGAAGUGGAGGAAGAAGAAGAGGAAGAGGUUGAAGAAGAAGAAGAAGUUGAGGAAGAUGAAGAAGAAGAAGAAGAGGAGGAGGAGGAGGAAGAUGCUGAUGAUGAAGCAGACAGACAGAAAGCGGGGGAGGAUGAAGAAAUGGAGAAUGCUGAUGCUGAUGCUGAUGAAGAGAAAAAGUAUGCAGAACUUCUUGCCCUUCCUCCUUAUGGUUCAGAAGUAUAUCUUGGUGGAAUUCCUCUAGAUGUUUCCGAAGAUGAUGUCAAAAAGUUUUGUGAAUCCAUUGGAGAAGUCACAGAGGUGCGGAUAAUGAGGGGCAAAGAUGCAUCCGAGAAUAAGGGGUAUGCUUUUGUGACCUUCAGGACCAAGGAGUUGGCUUCUACUGCCAUCAAGGAGCUUAAUACUAAGGAGUUGAAGGGUAAAAGGGUGAGGUGUUCCACAUCUCAAGCAAAACAUAAGUUAUUUAUUGGUAAUGUUCCUAAAAGUUGGACAUUGGAAGACAUGGAAAAAGUUGUGAGAAAGGUUGGACCAGGGAUCAAUUCUGUUGAGCUGCUAAAGGAUCCACAAAACUCUAGGAGGAACCGUGGAUUUGCUUUCAUUGAGUAUUAUAACCAUGCAUGUGCAGAGUAUUCGAGACAAAAAAUGCUGAACCCUAAAUUUAAACUUGAUGAUAAUGCUCCAACUGUCAGCUGGGCUGACCCCAAAAAUGCAGAGUCUUCAGCUUCUUCUCAGGUGAAGGCAGUGUAUGUGAAGAAUCUACCAAAGAAUGUGACUCAAGAUGAGUUAGAAAAGAUAUUCGAGCACCAUGGAAAGAUCAUAAAAGUGGUUCUCCCUCCUGCAAAAGCAGGCCACGAGAGGAGUAGGUUUGGUUUUGUUCAUUUUGCAGAUAGAUCAAGUGUCAUGAAGGCUCUUAAGAACACCGAGAAGUAUGAGUUAGAUGGUCAAGUAUUGGAGUGCUCACUUGCUAAGCCACAAGCAGACCAGAAAUCAUCUGGAGGAUCUUCAAACAACCAGAAUAAGGCGGCUCUACUUCCAAACCACCACCCUCCUCGUGUUGGUUAUGGCGGCUUGGUAGGUGGUGCAUAUGGUGGUUUGGGUGCAGGAUAUGGGGCAGCCGCCUAUGGACAGCCGCCACUUAUAUACGGAAGGGGACCUUCAACAGCUGGUAUGGCCAUGAUGCCAAUGCUUUUGCCUGACGGAAGGAUUGGAUACGUCCUGCAACAACCAGGUAUGCAGCCACACUCACCACAGGCCAUGCAACAACAGCCAAGAGGUGGUGGUGGCCGGAGUGGUGGAGGAGGCGGCUCAGGUGGUGGUCAUAGGCGGGGUAAUGACAGUGGAGGUCGAGGAGGUGGAGGACGACGCUACAACCCGUAUUAGGAGGCCGGGUCUAAUGUUAAUUGUGUUUCAGAUGGAUUAACUUUAAGAGCACCUGGAGGGAUAGGGAUUGGGAUUGAAUGGUUAAAAAAACUUUGCCCAACUAAAUUGUUUUAACA